CGCCGUAGCCAUGGCGCCGCGGCGACCGGCUGAGCUGUACCGGGCGCCCUUCCCCCUCUACACCGUCCGCCUCCACCCGCAGCGGCCCCUCGCCAUCACCGCCGGCGGCGGGGGAGCCGCCAAGACCGGCAUCCGCAAUGGCGUGCACUUCCUGCGGCUGGAGCAGAUCGGGGGGCAGCUCAGCGCCUCGCUGCUGCACUCCCACGACACCGAGACCCGCGCCACCAUGACCAUGGCCUUGGCCGACGACAUCAUCGCGGCGGGGCAGGACGCCAGCUGCCACAUCCUCCGCUUCAGCCUGCAGGCGCCCGAGGCCAAGAGCGGCUCCGCUGGGCGGAACGGCAGUGGGGAGAAGGGGCCUCGGAAGCGGAAAGGCCCCAGCCCGGCGGCGCAGGGUGACACACAGAGCCAGACAAGCGAGGUGACAGUGGAGAGCCUGCACAGCGUGCGCACAGACUUCAGCCCCGACGCCCUGCAGAAGGCCGUUCGCUUCAAUGCCGACGCCUCGCUGCUGGUCACUGGUGGGGCUGAUGGCUUCCUCCGCCUCUGGGAGUUCCCCAGCAUGAAGAAGACACUGGAGUUCAAAGCCCACGAUGGGGAGAUUGAGGACAUUGCGCUAGGGCCUGAUAACAAGGUGGUGACGGCAGGACGGGACUUCCAGUGCUGCGUGUGGCAGCGGGACCAGCUGGUGAUGGGGCUGCGCUGGAACGAAAACCUGCCCGGCAUCCCUGACAAGGCCUACCGCUACCAGGCCUGCCGGUUCGGGGCGGUGGCGGACGCGGCCGGGGCGCUGCGGCUCUACACGGUGCAGGUGCCCCACAAGCGGGAGCGCCGCCCGCCCCCCUGCUACCUCACCAAGUGGGAUGGGAAGAGCUUCCUGCCGCUGCUGACCCGGCCCUGCGGUGCCGAGGUGAUCUCCUGCCUUUCUCUCAGUGACUCGGGCACCUUCCUGGGGCUGGGGACAGUGACGGGCUCGGUGGCCAUCCACAUCGCCUUCUCACUGCAGAGGCUGUACUAUGUGCGGGAGGCACACGGCAUCGUGGUGACAGACCUGGCCUUUGUCCCCGAGAGCCAGCGUGGGCGCGAGCUGCUGGGGGGGCACGAGGCUGCCCUGCUCAGCGUGGCCGUCGACAGCCGCUGCAAGCUCCAUGUCCUGCCCCGCCGCCGCUCCCUCCCUGUCUGGCUGCUGUUGCUGCUCUGUGCCGGGCUCAUUGUGGCCACCAUCCUGCUGCUGCAGGUCGCUUUUCCAGGCUUUCUGUAGCCCCCCCAGGUCCCUCCAUGCCAGGACAGCCCCCCUGCAUCUGGAUGGACCCCCUGCCCUGGGACAGGAUCCCUCUCUAUCAAGGACAGACCCCUCUGUGCUGAGAUGGGACCCCACCCAUACAAGGACUGGACUACCCAAUGCCUGGCCAGUACCCCCAGCACCAGGAUGGGGCUCCCCACGCCAGGACAGACUUUUUCCUGGCACCAGGACAUUCCCCCCACCUGGCUGGGCCCCUCAUGCCUCACCCCCCCACAAGCAGAUUGCACCGGGGUUGAGGGCGUAGCCCUGGCCCCAGGGAUCAAACGAGGGUCCUGGGGGCUGUGGGGGACACCCGGCCGGCAGGAUGGAACCGGCUCGGCACGGGGCUGGCCCCGGGAAGGGAGGGGGGGUCUCACCAGCCCCCGACCCCCCCCCCCCAUUGCCGCCAUUAAAAGCUGGAGAAUGAAA